AUGCCUACGGACCAUGUUCAACAUAGCACAUCGGCCCAUGAGAAGACCACAAGAUCCCCGUCAAUGCCUACAGAUCACAAGAGCCCCAGCAAUGCCUACGGACCAUGUUCAACACAGCACAGCACAGUGGCCACAGAGCCAAGCACAGGAGCCUCAGGACAGGCUGCAGUGCACACAAAGAAGACCACAUCUACCAACGGGAGGGCCACACCAAACCCAGUAGAGCCUACAGAAAACCCAGGAAGAACCACAGCUGCCACAGAGACUAUAAGGCCUCCAGUCAAGGUCACAGGAGAGAAAUCUAUCAGUUCUUCCACUGCUGGUCCAAAUAAAACUGGUCAGGUGCCCACUGGCUUGUCUGCCCUCCCCACUUCUAGCUUGAAGCUGAGUUCUAUCAUGUCAGAAGCCCCAGUCAACCAGAGCCAAGGAUACCAGAACAAAGAUGGCUCCCAGGGAGGCCUCCAUGCAGGAGAGAUGCGGGACAGUGCUUCAUUCCCCGCGUGGGCCAUCGUUAUUGUGGUCCUGGUAGCUGUGAUUCUCCUCUUGGUGUUCCUCGGCCUGAUCUUUCUGGUCUCCUAUAUGACUCGAACACGCAGUGCGCUGGUCCACAACCAUGAGGACAAUGACCCAGAGGAGGAUGGGGGCCCCAACUCUUACCCAGUCUACCUGAUGGAGCAGCAGACGCUUGGUGUGGGCCAGAUCCCUUCCCCACAAUGAUCUUUUAGAAAGUGCCCACCCCCCAGUUCUCCCACGCUCUACCCUCUCCUGGACGAGGAAAUGGACUCACACUUCCUAUUCCUGGGCUACCCAAGGGCAAAGUGCUGUCAGUGAGCAGCAUCAGCCCUCCAUUGCCAUCUU